UGUGCCGGCGUCUUCUUGCGAACAACUCAAAGAUACCAAAAGAGCAAUGCGCAUCAUUGCGACCAAGGAGCUGCCAUGGAAAAAGAAGAGGGAAGAGGUUUCUUGACCUCUCUUCUCAACAAAAACCUGCGCAUCCUCGUCACUGAUGGCCGCAUGUUCUUGGGCCAGUUCAAGUGCACAGAUCCGGACCGAAAUGUCGUUCUAGCACACGCCUACGAGUAUCGUCAGCCGUCCGCGCAACAGCGAGCUGAAGUAUCCUGGCAAACCACCGAUGGACCAGGCACCGUUACGAUGGACAUGACAUCCCGGUAUCUGGGCUUGGUGGUCGUUCCGGGACAGUACAUCGUCAAGAUCGAGGUGGAGGAGUUUGCGAGCCAAAUCAGGGGUCAGAACCCAUACGCAGAUGUUGUCAUUUAAAGACUCAGCGUCCGGGUUUUAUAGCUCUUGGUCCUCGUGCCUGGAAACCCAGGGCACUCUGAAUGAGAGAAUUGGAGCUUGAGGGAAUCAUCAUACAAGACAACACAAUUAACAAUGUAAUACAUUGACAUUAAAGCUAUGAAAAGCACUGUUUUUGCCCC